AUGUAUUGUAGAUGCCCUAAAAAUUGAAACACUUCUGUAUAUUUAUUUUUUACCUCUAAAAUACCUCUGCUUCAUCGUUAGAAAUAAAAUGAUUUAGAGAAGACAUGCGCUUAAACAGGCCCUUCAAUUGCGAAGCCAUGGGCUGAAACAGGUUGUUUUGUUGGGCCUUGCCGAAGCCGUGCCUUCUAGGGUUCCAUCUCGUCUCGUCUCGUCUCGUCCGGGCCUUCGCGCAUCGCCAUUAAUGGCGAGUUGAAACCCGUCGCAACCAUCAUCGAGAAGCGUCUCCCACCAGCGAGGUUGAUGAGUUCGUCCGACUUCAAUGGAUGUCUCCCUGUUGACCUCCUCGUGCAGAUCCUCGCGCGGCUGCCCGUCAAAUCCCUCUUCCGAUUCAGGUCCGUCUGCAAGAUACUGUGUCGAUUGCCCUUCGAGAAGCACUUCAUCGAGCUAUACUUCCGGACCGCCCCUAAAGAUCCUAUCUUGCUGCUGGAAUACCCCGAGUCCGGCGCAUUCCUCUCCGUCGACCGAUUCCGAGAUGUCUCCCCCUUUGCCCUUGGGUUUUUGAACGAUAAGGUCAAUAUCAGGGCCUCUUGCCAUGGGUUGACCUGCUGCUCCAGUGUCCGGAACCGGGGCGUCUACUACGUCUGCAAUCCCGUCACCCGUGAAUUCCGAGUGCUGCCGCGAACUAGGGACAGACCUCUCACUCGGUGCCAGCCGGAGUACGAGGCCACCCUCGUCGGUUUGGCGUUCGAUCCCUUUUCUUGGAACUUCAACGUCGUCCUUGCUGGUUUCUAUCGCUUGUUCGGCCACCGGCCUCGGGACGAUUUCGUCUGCCAGGUGUUCGAUUCACAGACCAAUUCCUGGAGCCGAUCGGUUUCAUCGAUGAACGACGAGUUCACCCACAUGAACCGAUGCCAAGUCGUUUUUUCCUGUGGCUUGCUGCAUUGGCUAACGCAAAGCUGGUCUCACUUGCUCGUCUUCGAUCCGAAAAGUGGAGUCUGGAGCAAAAUGUCACUGCCGGACGAGGUGCUGAUGACAAGGUCUGGAUCAAGGCUCUAUCUUCUAGAGCUGGAAGGCUCAGUCUCCGUAGUUCAGAUAACCGGCAUGUUGAUGAGCAUUUGGGUCUUGACCAAUCAUUGCACUGAACUAUGGACUUUAUUCGAUACAGUUCAUCUUCGGUGCAUCAAAGUGCUUGCAGCCAGUAUAUUUCCCAUCGGCGUGUCGAGAGAUGUCAUCUUCAUGGCGACGCAGAAGAAGAUCAUGAUCUACAACCUGAAAGACAAGGUGUGGAAGGAGUUGUACAGUGUAAAUGGCCCUGUGACAUAUCCAUUAUGGUUCUCAGCUUAUGGUUUCAGAAGCACACUCUUCCCCUGUCGUCAGCGACGAGCUUUGUAGUAUCCUCGAAGAAUUCCUAUCCCUUGUGAUUUUUCGAUUGAUUAAACUGCAUGCCAUGUACAUAUAUACGACUCCUCCGCUUUGUUACCAUCAUUGUUUUCAUGAAUGUUCAUUUUUUUUUUUACUGUAAUUCUUCCAAAUAGUUUGCAUUCUUGAGGUGCUGAUGAGGCAAUCCGAGGCCAAAUGUUUGUUUUGUUAUUGCAUCUGAAUGAUGCUUUGUAUAACAAUGGCAGCAGUUCAUG